UUGUUAUCAAAUGAUCAUAUACAUUAGAAUAUUGAAUAAUUAUGAAUAUUUUGAUAUUAACAUGUUGACUAAUGUUAACAAUUUAUAGUGCGGAUUCGAUUAGUCAUUAAUCUAUUUUGAUGUUAUUCAGUUCAAUACAAGUCAUUUAAAUUGUCCAAGUAGAAUGGCGCAGGUUCCUGAAUGCCCUGAAAGUCUAAAGAAAAUUCAACAUUAUCUAAAAAUCGCUUCAGAACAUGACAAUAAAGAUCCCAUCAUAAGUUAUUGGUGUCGACUUUACGCCUUGCAAACCGCAUUAACAGUUGAUAAAUCAUCAAAAGAAGCAAAACAGUUUUUGGUGUCAUUAAUGGAUUGGUUGGAAAAACAAAAAACAGCGUUAAAAGAUAAUGACAUGAUCAUACAUGAGACUGCUGCCCAAGCACAUUUUGAAAACUAUGCAAUUAAAUUAUUUAACACUGCUGAUGGAAUGGAUCGCCAAGGAAAUUACAAUAAGAAUACAGUUAAAUUAUUUUUUACUGCUGGACUACUUAUGGAUGUAUUAAGUGUUUUUGGUGAUGUUUCUGAAGAAAUUAUAAAUACUCAAAAAUAUGCCAAGUGGAAAGCAAUGUAUAUACAUAAUUGUAUGAAAAAUGGUGAAACUCCUACACCUGGACCACCAAAUACAGAAAGUGGUCAAAUUGGUUUCAAUUUUCAAAAUCAAGGGAAUGAUAUACCACAACAACCAAAUACUUUUGUUCCUGCUGCUCCUACUACACCUACAUAUAAUGAUUAUCCUCCAUCAACACCUAAUGAACGUGCUUAUUUACCCAGCACAUCUGUAGUGACACCUAUAGAUAUACAACCUGAUGUCUCCAAGGGACCUAUUAUAUUUAAAGAUGGAGUACAGCUAACACCAUCACAAAUUUCUAAAGCACAGAAAUAUUGCAAAUUUGCUGCAAGUGCACUAACUUAUGAUGAUGUUUCAGAGUCUGUCGCAAAUUUACAAAAAGCAUUGAAAUUACUAACUACUGGUGAAGAUACAUAAGUUAUUACUUAUUAUAAUGAUAUUUAAUAUAUGUAUACAUUCGUUUUAAA